UAUCAUUAACAAAUUUAAUUUUCAUUAAUCAACUGAAUAAUGAAUACUUAUUUAUCUCAACAAUAAAUAUAUAUAAGUAUUUGUUUUUAUAUACAUGUGUUUUUAUGUAACGUAGGUUAGUAGUUAACAUAGGUUAGUAACGAAGAAUUCUACUAAUUCAGGAUUAUUAAUAUUUAUACAGAUCCUUAUGUUUUUAUAUCCUAAUUAAAACUAUACUGAGCUAUUCAUAAAGUUGACCAGAUUUUUAGUUUAUGGAACAGGGUCGUAGUUCAUGUAUUAUAUAGAAAAGGAGGAUAUUAGAAGGAGAACGUAAAAGAAGAAUAAGAGGAUGGCUUUAUCGAGCGGCGGCUGCGCCGCAGUUAUUCUCCACACUGCCGUCUAUCGGCUAGUUGUCAUUUUCGACAGUCAAGAAUAUAAGUCUUUCUUUUUUCUCUUUUUUUAAUAAUAUUUUUUUCUUAUUAUUAUUACACAUUUGUAUAUCAAUAAACAUUUGUCUAUAAUCUAGUUAUUCCGUAUUAUUAAGUGUGUAACUUUGAAGGGUAAAAUUUUUGCAAUUUAUCAAGCGCUCAAAUUAUUUACAGAAACAUUUGACUUAUGUAAUUGCACUUUUUGGUAUUUAAUCAUUAAUCAUUAAAAUGACACUAUUUUAUUUUUAUUAAAUUUAUAAAAGUACAUUAAUGUUAUUUAUUACUGUAAGUUACAAGCAUUGAUCUUUUAACGUUCUUAUCAAAAUAAUGAAAUAUUUACUAAGAAAUUAGCAGAUGAUCAUUCCAGAUUUCCAAAAUGACUUUUUUCUAUUGUAUUUUUAUACCUUAUAUCUUAUAUCUUGUCGUCCUCUUACCGUGAUAGACCUUCCGUUAUUCAACGGGUUCUACUACUCCGUGCACACACCUUACUUUUCCCCUCUAUAGCAUCUUUAUCCCCACCUUUUUUCGUUCUCCCUCUCAGUGGCGAGUGCCCCUAGAUUCUGGUAACGCUUCUCACAACUGAGACAACAGAAUAGUUUUCGUAUGGCGCAGCCUCUUACCAAUUGAAUCGGAUACCAAAUAGUACGAAUAUCGGGCUUGUGCGUUACACAAUUCAUUUAUUUAUUAGAUUGCUGUUUCAAUGAUUCUGUGUGCGCGUAAACAGCUGUGUUAAUCAAAGGUGCCUUUAUGUGAAAGUGUCGACAGGUUUCAAUUAAGCGACGUAAUCAAGUCAAUCAGAAUUCGUAACAUAGUUUUGAGAAUCUAUCUUCAACGAUGAUGCUGAAGGAGGGAUGCGACGGCAGCCACAAAGGAAAUUGUUGUCCAACAAUAAGAUCAUCGAGGAUCGAGUUCGAGAGACGAAAGAUAAGAAAAGAUCGUCGAAUCGUCCCAAGUGUAUCGACCGAUUAAACUGAUAAUUUCUUUCUUAUUGUGAAUUCUCUGUGCCUCGAGAGAAUUUCGUACGCAAUAACAUAAAUUUGCACCAUGGGGAAUGGCAUGAACAAGGUAAGAAGCUUUGGCAUGAACAAGGUUCUUCCUGGUCUUUAUAUCGGGAAUUAUCAUGAUAGUAAAGACGCAGAUCAAUUGGAACGAUUCGAAAUAACACAUAUUUUGGCGAUUCAUGACACGGCUCGCAGAUUACAUUCUGAUAAACAUUAUUUAUGCAUAUUGGCGGCAGAUAGUCCCGAUCAGAAUCUAUCUCAAUAUUUCUCCUUGUGUAAUGAUUUUAUUCACGCUGCCCGCCUACGUGGUGGAAAUGUUCUAAUACAUUGCUUAGCCGGUAUGUCAAGAAGCGUCACAGUAGCAGUGGCCUAUAUUAUGAGUACUACCAAUCUUUCAUGGAAAGAGGCACUUAAAGUUGUCAGAGUAGGUCGUUCCAUUGCCAAUCCAAACGUCGGUUUUCAGCAACAGCUGAAAGAUUUCGAAUCCAGUCGAUUACAUGAGGAACGACGUAGGUUGAAGGAACGAUUCCCUAGUUUAGCGCUUGCGGAAUCCGAUGCAGAAGUAUGCCGCACUACUUUAAGAAAUUACGAAACCAUGGCAUUGGCACGAGAAGUGUGUGAAGGAAAAUGUGCCAUGGGCCGUCCUUGUCCAACUGGAUUAUGUAGGCAACCUUCCAAAAGGAGUCCAAGAAGAAAACCAUCCGCGGGUAGUACCAGCAGCUUGAAUACUGGAAGAACUCCGCCGCAAACGCCAAGAAUGCUACCAUCUGCACCACCUUCACCUGCUAUGCAUAGAUCAGCUAGUGUUCUCUCAGCAUCAAGACCAAGAAGUGGUCCUGCUGGUUUGCAUUAUUAUACUGGCGGAUCUGCGCCUCCUUCCAGAGCGGUAUCGAGAGUGGAUUUAUCCGCUGCAGUGGCUUGCAGUAGUAGUAGCACAAGUCUAACAUCGGUAGGUAGAUCAGGCAUAUCCACUAGUAAUUGGAGAUUGGCGGCUGGAUCUGCGCCGAAUACUCCGAGGCCAACACCACCGGUUUCUCCGCAACGUUGGCCAAGACGAGCCUCUACUAGACAAACACCUCCUUUGCCAAUUUCACCAGAAAAUCCUUCAACAACGACGUAGCACUUGCGGAACGUUGUUUCGUUUUCGACUUUGCCCGAGUAAUCUCGACGUCAAUUUACUAAGCGACAUUAUUAUUAUUUAUGAUUAUUACUAAUGUCUGACAGUAUAUAUGCUAACGUAUUAGCAUGUUCUAGUUUAUUAGUUGAUAUUUCAUUAUGAUUGUCUUACGUAAUAAAAAAGAAAACAUCGAGAAUAAUGUUGAGAAUAAGUUAAAAAAAUUUUCGAUAACGAAACAAAUUGUUAAGUUUUUACCGAAAUGAUGUUCGAUCGUUCUUCUAAAACAGUCUUUCAAAGCGAAGCGCUUUCAACAAGCUGCACCACUAUAAAAAACAAAAA